UGUACAAAACUGCCUUGUAGAAAAAGUCGGAAACUUGGUAUAAAGACCAGAACCACGUAAAGAGGUCCAUCCAUAUCUUCACUCACCUGUUCAACUCUCAUCUCAAUUCAUAAGCUUUUUACAGAGAUCUUCAAAUGGGUUCUUCUUCAGUUGUGGAAUUGCUUCCUAAAGAUUACGGGUAUGUGGUUCUGGUGGCUGUCCUCUACAGCUUUCUGAAUUUCUUCAUGGCGUUCCAAGUGGGUAAGGCCAGGAAGAAGUACAAGGUGUUUUACCCGACCAUGUAUGCAUCGGAGUCCGACAACAAAGACGCCAAGGUGUUCAACUGUGUUCAGAGAGGUCACCAGAACUCCCUUGAAAUGAUGCCUUUGUUCUUUGUCUUCCUCCUUUUGGGUGGUCUCAGGCAUCCUUGCAUUUCUGCCGGCCUCGGAUUGCUCUACACCGUUUCUCGCUAUUUCUAUUUCAAAGGCUACUCCACCGGCGACCCCCAAAAGCGUCUCCCUAUCGGGGGGUACGGGUUCUUGGCUUUGAUGGGGCUUAUAGUGUGCACAAGUUCCUUCGGGGUCACUCUUCUUCUGCGAGCAUAAACUAAACCAUCAUGAUCGUGAGGGGGCUUUGUCUGUGCUAUCUAUCUCGUAUUUGGUGUCACAGUUAAUAAGAAAAGUGCAGGAGAUAGAGAAGAGUGUGUCUAGUCUCUAGUGUCUGUAUUUUGUAGGCUUUCAUGUCUAUGUACUAGUUGGAGUUAUCAGUUAUGUGAAUUACACUUGCUAUUAGCAAUCAAACUACUUCUGCUGUUUGUUCCCA